AUGGAUCAUCUUUCACGGCUUUCCAAACGCAUUCGGGGAAUUGCCAAGGCAGUUGUUUCAUUCUCAUCAUCAAUCGUGGAUCAUAUCACACUGAAGCGACGGUGUGAAAAUGAAGAUUCUGAUGAGGAGGAGGAUGAUGACUCGGAUUCCAUCGACAUAGAUCCAUUCGAAGCAGUAUUGGAAAGAGUGAAAGCGAAGCGUAUUCGUGAAUACAUGACAACGAUUCGCGCGAAGACUCUUUCAAACGAUAAGAAGAAAAUUCCUAACGUUGAGGUUGAGUCUCCUACUUUCAUAGGGGAGCACAUUUGCUAUAGGGUGAAGUUUGCCGACGGAGUUAGCUGGAUCCUCAAAGUCCCAGCUAUCGGAACCCCUGACCAAUUUGACAAAGACGAUGCCGAGACCCUUCGCUCGGAAGCAUUUACGAUGAUCAUGCUGCGGCGUGAGACAACCAUACCAAUCCCCGAGGUCAUUUCAUACAACAAUACAUGCACAAACAAGCUCAAAGUUCCCUUCAUUCUCAUGGAGUUCAUCGACGCUCGGCCUUUGGACGAAGUCUGGCAUGACCGGGAAUCUCCGAAAGAAGUUGUACAGGCUCGGCGUACACGCUGUCUGCCGGAUAUUGCUGCAGCGUAUAUCCAGCUUGGAAAAUACACUUUCAACGAAGAUAGGCCCCUGUGA